AUGGGUCCGGAUGUCCUCCAGUCGCCGCAGGAGGGUCUCACCGUCCCAAAGCAAGGGGAUGGUGUUCGGGCGCCGCCGGCCAUUGGCAAUGGCCUGAAAAUAUGCCGUAUUGGCGUCCCCCUUGAGGACCCAAUUUUGUGUGCCCCGCAGACGCCAGUAGGCCUCCUCAUCCGGAGGCUUGCCAGCCGAGCCCAGCCAGCUGCCCAGGGUUGCCAGGAGGUGGCUCCGCCAGUGCUCGUAAGAGCAGGAACACAGUUCUGGGACGCAAAAAUGGAGAAAGAACUUGGUGAGGGUCAUCUGUCUAGUACAGCAUUUGACAGAUACUGCAUGAUUCUGUUUGCUGGAAUCGCCGCAGAAGCACUUGUAUACGGGGAGGCAGAAGGAGGAGAAAAUGACGAGAAUUUAUUCAGGAGUUUGUGUGUUCUGCUCGAUCCUCCGCUUUCUGUCGCACAGAUGGCAAAUAGAGCUCGCUGGUCAGUGAUGCAGUCUUACAACCUCCUGAAGUGGCACAAGAAAGCACAUAGAGCUGCCGUCAAAGCACUUGAAAGCGGACAUGGUCUCAGCAUCGUCAUUAGGAGGAUCGAAGAAGCCAUCGCCUCCGACAGAUAGCUGGGAAUGUUGAUAUCUUACACGUAUUCCUGCCGAUAAGGUUUACUUACUGAGAGGUUUCAGCAAUGCAAAGAAGUUGACGCACACAAGAAAUCUUGCUACUUGCUGAGGCAAGAAGUGGAGUGAAGCUGGGACUGCACGCGCUCUUCAAUGAAAUCAUAACCAUAAUAUAGUAUGGCUCGUCGAUCCAUUGAUGUGGUUUAAGGAGGAAAAGGAUCAUCUGAUGCAUGUGUAGCCAGAUGAGCUCCCGUGGAAAUUUGCAAGCUGGGAAAAAGCUAUGUGCUUGGUGUUGUUGCCAGUAUGCCAUAAAUGUGCAUAUACAUAGGAGAUGUAAAGAAGUGAUGAUGAUGAAUAUUUUUUUGUACGUUUGACAAAUAUAAACAUAGGUAACAAUAGAUAUACAUA